AUGUCUGUUGAAGAGAAGAAGAGUUUUCGGGCAUCAUUAUCUAAAGAUCAAAAGCGGUUGCUCAUAGUACUCGAAAAGCUCUUAGAGGAAGAACCUUCUCUCAUUGAGAAGGUGCUGAGCACGGGUCAGAGUAAUGGCCGAUCCAAAGACAUGGCCAAAGUUGCCCGGGAAAUGCCCACCUGGGAAGUGAUGGCAUGGGACCCUCCCCUUGGCCCAAAACCUAGACGUGGUUUGUUUCAUAUCCAGUGCGCUGAGCUGCUAUCGCCGAUACAAUACAACUGGAAAGAUUCACAAGUUCAAGAUGACUUCUGCAACAUGAAGCUCUUGGCAAAACCUUCGCAGUUUCCUCGAUAUCUGUGGGUGGAUAACGGGGAAUACUACAACCCCGAAAGACCGUCAGAAGGGUUGCUCCGAAAUGAGAUUCUGAUAUGCGCCGCAUAUUGCUUGUUGUUCUCCCCCAGCUCUGCCAAAUCAAUGAGCGCGUCCACUACUCAAGUCAGCGGGGCCCGUGGGUGCUCGUUCAAACGUUCAAAGGGAUCGAUAGGCUUAGCCAAGGCGUAUAACCUUACUAAGGUAACGCCAGCGUUUAUUGCAUACGUCGCUGUUGUGGUGCGUCACUCUCUAACAACCGAGACCUAUUUCUCGGAAAUAUGUGGAGGAUUCAAUUAUGGCGACUACUACAAUCAAAUCCGCGAAUUCCUUGAGGCUCCAAAGUUUGCUAGCCGUUCUAAAGUGCUACUGGAAUGGUGGAACAUGCGACUUUUUGGUUCUUUCAAUAUAGGGAUGCAGGUGGUCACCGAGGACGAUAGAGAUGCUACGCUUGACGCUCUCGAUGCGGAGGUUGAAGGCGACCCAGGGUUGUCGGGAGAUGAGGAACCGAGAUUGGGGGAGCAGGAAGAGGAUGAGGACGAAUCGGGAGACGAGUAG